AAACAAAAAACCUAACCUCAAAAAACGUCUUCGAAACGUUUGGGUUUGGAAGUUCUGUGUGAAAGUGUAUAGAGAAUCUUGUGAAAAUGGGUGAAAAGAGGAAAAAUAUGGAAGAUGAAAUGUCCAGAUUUGAGGCAGAAAUCGCCACUCCGCCUGUGAAUAUGUUCAUCCCAAGUCAAGUUAAACAGCAGCCCAUCAUCAAUUCCAGCACCUACAGCCAGGUUCAGCAGAAGCUCUCUAGUGUACCUCCUCCACCUGUCCCCCCAAUGAUAAUUCCCCCCUUCACACCGCCCGUGGUGGCUCAGCCACAGCAAAUUGAGAAAUCCUACUCGACUGAGCCGACGCCCGUUGUCCUCAGUAGUGCCCCAAAAUUGUACACAAAUCGCCCAUCACCGAGUGUCUCAGCUCCAGCACAGCCUGCUGUCAUGGAUAUCUCCUCGCUUCAGUUCGAGGUGACGACAAAACUGAAGAAAUUGAAAACAGAAAAGCCUUCCGGACCAAAUCCCAUCGCCGAGGCUGCAAUUCAGGCAGCCAAGGCAUCGUCAGCCCUACAAAAUUUUGGUCAUGAAGAUCGCAAGGGGAAGAAGAAUAGAAAGACAAUCCGAAUGGCGGGGGGACAGGUGUGGGAAGAUCCAUCUUUGGCAGAUUGGCCAGAUGAUGAUUUUAGAAUAUUCUGCGGUGACUUGGGCAACGAUGUCAAUGAUGAACUACUCACGAGAACCUUCAACAAAUACCCAUCCUUCCAAAAAGCCAAAGUCCUUCGAGACAAACGCACGGGCAAGAGCAAAGGAUUUGGCUUUAUCAGUUUCAAGGAACCUCAAGAUUUCAUUCGCGCCAUGAAAGAGAUGGAUGGACGCUACGUCGGAAGUCGUCCAAUAAAAUUGCGUAAGAGCACAUGGAGGGCCAGGAGUGUGGACGUUGUGAAGAAGAAGGAGCAAGAAAAGAAGAUGCUUCAGCAGCUCUUUAAAGCGUAAAGGCGUGUGGCGUGGGGGGUAAGGAUAAAAUUUAUAAAUUAAUUUUGAACAAAAUAAAAAACAAUAAAAUUAUUUUCUCAAGUACAA